AUGCCUCGAACGUAUAAAAGAAAAACUGAACCUAGUUACACCGAAAAGGAAUUACAAGAAGCUUUAAUGCAAAUUCAUGAAAAAGGUGUUUCAGUUGCCGAUGCUGCCGUGCAUUUUCGGAUUCCAAUUCGAACAAUUUACAACAGAUUAUUGCAUAAUGAAACUGAUGUUCGACCAGGUGUUAAAUCAAUCUUAACCAAAGAUGAAGAACAACUGCUUGUCCAUACCAUCAUAUUAUUUCAACAAUGGCAAUGUCCUGUAACACCGACUGCUGUGAUCAAUUUAGCGAAAUCUUUCAUGAUUGAUCUUGGUAAAACCAUCUUACCGAAUUCUACACUACGAGACUGGUUCAGUGGUUUUAUGAGAAGAUGGUCGAAUGAAUUAAAAUUAAAAAAAACAGAAAAACUUGAAAAAGUGCGAUCAAAUGCUUGUCGUCGAGAAAUUGUUGAAAAUUGGUUUGAACAUUUGCGCAGUGUUUUUAAAAAAUUCGAUUUAUUCAACAGACCAGACGCAUUGUGGAACGUUGAUGAAGCUGGCUUCCUGGAUGAUCCAGGUCGAAGAUCUGUCGUCAUUAAGCGCACCACAAAACAUGCAAUAUCAUCACAUUCGGGUACAGGAAAGUCCCAUACUACACUAGUGAUAUGUACAUCUGCUAGUGGAGAGAUAUUGCCACCCUAUUUUAUCUAUCAAGGUGCAAGAAUGUGGACAACAUCAGUACCAAAAAAUGGAUUUCCUGGAAGCAGGUACAACUGCACAAAAACAGGAUGGAUCGAGGAACCUGUUUUCUUCGAUUGGUUCAAAAAUCAAUUUAUUCCUCGAGUAAGUACAAUUAAACGGCCUGUUAUUUUAUUUUUUGAUGGACAUCACACGCACAUAAGCGUUCGAACUGUUAAACUGGCCAUGGAAAAUCAUAUCGAGUUGGAAUGUCUACCAGCUCACACAACUACCAUCUUGCAGCCGUUGGACGUUGUUACACUUCACAAAAUCAAAACAGCAUGGCGAUCACUUCUUGUUGAACAUAACUUAAAAACGAAUAGUGGUCCAAUUGACAAGCAAAAUUUUGCUUUAUUGAUAUCUGAACUAUGGAAAAAACAUAUACGAAAAGGCCAUUGUAGCUCCGGUUUUGCUAAAGCCGGAGUCUACUCGUUUGAUCCAUUUGCAGUUAGCCAAGAUAAAAUUUUUGUGCCACCUACGAUAACGACAACGGCUUCAGCUACUACAAAUUCUGAUGUACCAAGUUCAGGCGAUUCUGCCACCAUCAAUAGUUCUAGUCGGCGUCUUCAUCGAUCUGCAUCAUGUGAUCAUUUGUCAAAUAUUUGUAUUCAAUUUAAUCCACCAGCAACAACAUCAUCUUUAACACCUGUGCCAUUCAUUUCUCCAACUUCUCGAAAUAUAGAUUUUCUAAAUAAUUCUACAUUAGCUGCGUCAUUGUCUGAAUCUCAAAACAAUUCGUUAGCAAACAUUACUUCGUCUGAUUCUUCACAAAAGGCAAUAGAUGUAUUAGCUAAUGUUAUUGAAAAGUAUAUGUCAUCAACAGUUUCACAAACGUCACACACAAAGAAAAGAAAAAUGAUUGAACGUGUAAAUGGUGAAAGUCUUACUACCAUGGAUGUUCUGAUGCGAUUACAACAAAAACAACAAGCAAAACAACGAAAAAACGAUAAGCCCUGCAAGACCAGGCUUACUGCGUCUAAUGGAACGAAGAAACGUUCUCGUAAAUUUCAAAAUCCACAACAACUUCUCAAUGUCAUUGAUGAUUUGAAUGAAAGUAACUCAUUACAACAUCCGGCUGGUUCUGUUUCUACUGCAAUAAUGUGUCAAAAUAAUAUGACAGCACAAUCAAAUCCAUACACCACAUACUCUUCAUACGACAACUCAAUCACCAAUACGACAAGUUUCCAACCUGGACAGUCAACGUAUUCAUCUUAUGCAACAUGCUACCGAUGCUAUGCAAUUGUUUAUACGAAUUUUACCUGUUGUGUACAAUGUAAUCGAUAUUGUUGUAAUCAAUGUAAACAAACAUUUUUCACAUCUAACACGGUAUUCUGUGAAUACUGUCUGAUUCAAGAAGCACUUACAAGUGCUCGAAACUAA